AUGAAGUCGUGGGGCGAAGCGCUAGGGCGGAGUGCGUCCGCACACUUCUCGCGCGUCGGCAGGCUUCGGCGGGCGAUGUUGCUGCUCGCUGUUGCAGCUUGUACCGGGGUCGCUUUAUUGUAUUGGCGGCAGCAGACCGGAGACCAAGCGCACAGGCCUUUACACAGUCUAUAUUCGGGUGUGGAACCACAAUGGUCCUGGGUAUGUCGAAACGAACGCUGCGAAAGGUUGCUCGCCACUGAAACCACUAUAUUGCAAUCGCUAGCUACGUGCAACAUGCUCUGCGCCUCCACGCAACUGUGGCCUCAGCCGACCGGCCCAGUCAGCUUAGCCACGGCCGCUGUACCCGUGAGGGCCGACGCCUUCACCUUACAAAUUCGUUCUUCACCAUCGCGAGAUGUCUCCGAUCAUCUAUCAGAUGCUUUCACUCUUUUCAUUGAAGACCUAAAAUCACUAGAGCGGACUGGGAGUUCAGAGAGCCGAAGAAGUGACAUCGGCCCUUCGAGGGAUGUAAUAGUUCGUGUUGCGGUCAACGGCUCGGCUGAUCCCCGCUUACGGCUUGAAACAAAUGAAAGCUAUAAGCUCACUUUGCGACCCGGCGAUGGUGUGCUAUAUGUUGAUAUAACAGCUUACUCCUUCUGUGGCGCCAGACACGCCUACGAAACUCUUUCACAACUCAUAUGGAUAGAUCCCUACGCGGGCUCACUGCUAGCGCUCGAAGCAGCUAGUAUAGAAGACGCACCCAAGUUUAAAUUUCGCGGCCUACUUUUAGAUACGGCUCGAAACUUCUUCCCCCUAAAUGAAAUACUUCGAACAAUAGAUGCAAUGGCGGCUAAUAAGUUAAACACGUUUCACUGGCACAUCAGCGAUUCACAGUCUUUCCCGUUGAAGUUAAACAGCGCCCCUCAACUGACUCAGCACGGAGCGUACGGACCUGGCGCCAUCUACACAACUGACGAUGUCCGAACAGUUGUACGUAGAGCGAGACUAAGAGGCGUACGAGUUUUAAUUGAAGUCGAUACUCCUGCGCAUGUGGGACGCGCGUGGGCUUGGGGACCGGCAGCCGGUUUGGGUCCGCUAGCUCAUUGUAUAGAAGUAGAACCUUGGAGCGCGUAUUGCGGCGAACCACCGUGCGGGCAGCUUAACCCCAAAAAUCCUCACGUUUACAAAAUCCUGGAGCACGUGUACAGUGAGAUCAUACAACUCACCGGCGUAGACGAUAUAUUCCACCUCGGCGGAGAUGAGGUCUCCGAGCGCUGUUGGACGCAACACUUCAACGAUACAGAUCCGAUGGAUCUGUGGCUGGAAUUCACACGACGAGCCAUGUUGUCCUUACAACGGGCGAAUAAGGGUAAAUUGCCAGAAGUCACGCUCCUCUGGUCUUCACGGUUGACUCGAUCGCCUUAUCUAGAAAGGCUCGACAAGAAACACUUCGCCAUUCAAGUGUGGGGCGCUUCGCGAUGGCCGGAGUCGCGGGCAGUUUUAGACAUGGGUUUUCGCUCCAUAAUUUCUCACGUGGACGCGUGGUAUUUGGACUGCGGGUUCGGGUCCUGGAGGGACAGUUCUGACGGGCACUGUGGCCCGUAUCGGUCGUGGCAACAGAUAUACGAGCACAGACCGUGGAUAGAGGAGAUGCCCGGCAUGUCUACUGGGGCGGAGCCAUGGUUGAUCGACGGAGGGGAGGUAUGUCUUUGGACGGAACAGUCUGGUCCUGGAGGGUUAGACGCCCGACUUUGGCCGAGAUCAGCGGCCGUCGCCGAACGUUUGUGGUCGGAUCGACCGGAAGGCGCAACCGCUGACGUUUACUUAAGAUUAGACACGCAACGGUCGAGGUUAGUGGCUAAAGGGAUAGAAGCUAUGCCACUGUGGCCGCGAUGGUGCACGCACAACCCUAACGCCUGCCUCUAA